AUGAGUCCAUCAGCUAUCACCGAGUCCAACGAUAUGGCCAACCAAUCGGCUUUUUCCUACGCGCAAGCUGCGAAGGGUCAGGGCACUACCCCUGGCUUGAAUACUGCUGCCUCUGCUGAAGGAGACACUCCCGCUCAAGACGCACAGGCUCCUACUGCUGACGCUGACACUGCUGCUCCUGUAGCCGACGCAAAGGCGGCUGAGUCUGCUGCCGAGCAGGCUGACACCGAAGCUCCUGAGAGUGCCGAGUCCAAUGCGGUUGUGGCUGUUACUGCUCCUAUUGCUGAGAAGCUCGACUCAGAAAGCGUUCCCGGAUCUGAAAGCGAUGUCCGCUCCGAGUCGACGCAAAGCAGACGAGCCGAGUCGAAGCGCGAGGAUGAUGCUGGAAAGUUAGAGCUCCCGUGGCGGCGACCCGGGCAGGCACAGGAAUCAUCAAGUAAUGCUACCCGGCCUGUUGAGGAGCAGGACUCUCGAAAGGCCAGGCGAAGUAAGAAGGGCAAGACCUCGGAGAAGCAGUCCGGCGAACCAGCCGCAGACAAGGAGCAGGAGGCGGUUCCUGAGCCACCAAAAAUCCCACUCUCCGAAGCGCCCAUCCCCAGCGUCAACAUCUGGCACAAGCGAAAGGAGGCUCACCAGGCAAAGUCUGCCAAGCCUGCUCCCACACCUGCAGAGGCUACGACCAACGGUACCUCUAACCAUAAGGAAGAAAAGAAGACCGGCGAGUCCGCUUCCACACCUUAUAUGAACGGCGCUAAGCCUCAGCAAAAGUCAGUAAGCACUGUGCGACCGGAGCGAAAUGGUCCUCGAGGUGUGCGGGCAAAUGAGAAAGAUGGCAAGAGCGAAGUCCCUCCAUCAGUUGAGGACUCUACAGCAUGGCCUACUCCGGAGACCGCCAUCACUGCUAUCAAGGAGGACAGCAAGAAGAAGACUACCGAAAAGGCUCCUGAUAAGUCAGACCGUUCCGACCAGGACAGCCAAGAAGACGGCAGUGCAUCGAAGUCCCGACAGAAGUGGGUGUCUAUGGAUUACGUCCCAACGGUUACCUUCGAGACCCAACUUCCUCAAAUGCGUGGCUCGAAGCCUCGCGGGGGUGCUCGUGGUAGUCGUGAUACCACUUCCCGAGCCGCAGCCAACGGUGUCGCUGACAAGGCCACUUCUGCUGCUCCCCUAAACAAGGCCAAUGAUACAAAGCCUCGCGAUGCUGCCAACAAUGGCGCAUCGCAACCCUCUGCAUCCAAGCGUGGGUCAGUCGAUGUCGCCAACGGUCAAAAGAAGAACACAACAAACGCUGGUUCUGAUAAGGCCAAGGAUUCGCCUGCUCACACUUCGGAGACUUCUCAUGUUCCUCACAGCCGCACUGAAGGUCGCGGUGAGAGAGGCCGAGGUGGUUACCGCGGACGAGGUGCUCACCACGCCCACUCCCAGUCUCAGCAUACUGUUUCUUCUUCCGGAUUCCAUGGGCAAGGUGCUGGUGCCUCCCGAUCCCAGGGUUACAGUCCCCCUCUGCGUCAGGGUGGUCAUGGCGGCAUGUUCCCGGCUUCCUCUCAGCGGGGUCGCGGCCGCAAUAGCGCUAACAACUUCCAUCGCAUGUCUGCACCAAGCGGCAGUUCUCGUGUGCCUGUUGUCCCAGCUCCGUUCGCUCCUUAUGAUUACUCCAUGGCCGCUCCUCCCAUGGGUGCAGUUCCUUUCGCUCCUAUUCACGUCGACACUCUACUCAGCGCCGCUAUCAAGACUCAGCUUGAAUACUACUUCUCCAUCGAGAAUCUGUGCAAGGACACAUAUCUUCGACAGCAUAUGGAUUCCCAAGGAUUCGUACCUCUCCAUUUCGUUGCCGCGUUCAAGCGCAUGCAAGACAUGACGGGUGAUAUGAACCUCCUCCGCGCCGUUUGCGAGGAUUUGGACGAGGUUGACUAUGUCAUUGGCGAGGACAACGGCGAGCGACUGCGUCGUCGACAUAGCUGGCAGAGCUUUGUUUGCCCGAUGGAAGAGCGAGACCAAUUGGCUCGCAACGAUGGCCCUAUGCAUCCUACUUUCAAGAACCGGCACUAUAACUACCCCACCGGUCAAUUCAAUGGCAUCCCUCCCAUGCACUAUGGCGCGCCCAUGUAUCCUCACGACCCUUCAUUCCAACACUUUGCCCCCCACGACGUCAACGGAGUUGUUCAGAAUGGUACUAGCCAGCUAUCGGCUGAGGUCCCUGAUUUCUCGCCUUCGGGGAGGGUUCCUCUCGUUGGUCCCACGGGUGAGACACAGAUGACCAGUGUCGAGGCUUUGACAAACGGCCACACCGAGAGCACUGCGCCGCUUACGAACGGUGUGCAUUCUGAAGAUUCACAAACAACUCAGUCUUAG